GGCUACACUACCGAAAGCUGGAGACCCGUCGCUUGGUCUAUUCGGUACCCACAGACACCCGUUACGAAACGUUGUGACGGUGCUUAAGCCUAGAAUAACGAGCGGGGACUAUUUGUUUUUGUCGACGUUGAUGUCUCUUCUUCUUUAUCUGUAGGAGUUGUUAUUUUUUACUAUAUUGAAUCGAGAGCUUAUCGGGAAGACAAAAUGGCUGAGAUGGGUAUGGGGAAGGGGGUUACUGCGGGGAAACUCGCUAGUAACGUUCAGAAGAAAUUAACACGGGCCCAAGAGAAGGUUAUGCAGAAACUGGGGAAAGCAGACGAGACCAGAGAUGUUGCAUUUGAGGAGGGAGUUAUCAACUUCAACAAACAAUACACAGAGGGUUCCAAACUGCAGAAAGACCUGAGGGUCUACCUGGCGGCAGUACAAACGAUGCACGAAUCCUCCAAGAACCUUAAGGAGUGUCUGUCUGACAUGUACGAGCCGGACUGGUACGGCAAAGAUGAUGUGGACUCCAUCGUCGAGGACACUGACGUUCUGUGGACAGACUUCCAUCAGAAGCUUGUGGAUAAUGCUUUGAUAUCCAUGGACACAUACCUGGGGCAGUUCCCUGAUAUUAAGUCUCGUAUUGCAAAGCGUGACAGGAAGCUUGUGGACUACGACAGCGCCAGACACAACCACUCUUCGACCAAUAAGGGGAAGAAAGGAAAGGAUGGGGGCAUCAAGAUCACCAAGCCAGUGUCUCUGUUGGAGAGGGCCACUCCAGUUUGGGCUCAGGGCAUCCUGUCAGCCCACAACAUUGCUCAGAGUAACCUCUCUAGGAACCAGGCGGAGGAUGAGUUGGAGAGAGCUCAGAAGGUGUUUGAGGAGAUUAAUGAAGAUCUUCAGGAGGAACUGCCCUCACUAUGGAACAGUCGUGUUGGCUUCUACGUUAGCACCUUCCAGAGUAUGGCUGGCUUCGAGGAGAAGUUCCACAAGGAGAUGGGGAAGCUGGACCAGAAUCUGUACGAUGUUCUUGUCAAACUGGAGAGACAGGACAUGUGUGGUGAGCUCCCCAGAGGAGCAAGUCCAGCCAAUCACACUCUGAGUCCAGGCUUACCGCCUCCCAUCCCUAAGUCCCCCUCCAAGCUGAGACCAGCGAUGCCGCCGCGGCCUGAAUCCAGCCCCUGUCGGGACAUGAAACCAGAAAACAUCAUUAACCUGUUUGAUGCUGCAGCUGCUCCUAACAUCAGUGUUACAUCCCCAACACAGGCGAUAUCGUGGGACACAUGGGAGGCUGACACGCCCACAGCAGCCUCUGCAGCACCUACUCCUACAGCCACAGCAGUAGAGGAGAUUCCUGCUGUCGCAACAGUAGCAACCAAUGGGGCUUCAGAGGCGGUAGAGAUGCCGCCAGGAUUCCUCUUUAAAGUGACCACCAUGCAUGACUAUGCCGCUAAUGACUCGGAUGAGCUGGAGAUGAAGGCUGGAGACAUAGUGCUGGUUGUGGCCUUCGACAACCCAGAAGAACAGGAUGAGGGCUGGCUGAUAGGGAUGAAGGAGGGAGACUGGAUCCAGAAUAAAGAGAGUGCCGUCAAAGGGGUGUUCCCUGAGAACUUUACCUCCAGGCUGUGAGAGAGGAGACACUUCCUCUCCUACUUUGACCACUCUCUCUUCCACAAGAUACUCUCUUCUCUGACCUCUCUCUUCCCUCUCUCUUCCCUCUCUCUUCCCUCUCUCUCCCUCUCUCUUCCCUCCCUCUCUCUUCCC